AUGUACCUCGUUUGCUCUAAAAGCACAAGCAUAAGCUUCUUAAACUGUUUGGUCGCGCUGCUUGUGGGUUUGAAAACUGCAGAGUGUUUUCUCGGUCUGCCAUUCGCUACCCAGCCCGCCAGCAUAUGGUCGGAGCUGCUCCGGAGCCCACCGAAAGGAUGGAACAGUACGCGGGGCGAUGGCCGGGUCGUUGACGGCGCCCGCUGUGAUCGGCAGUGCGUGUCGGGCGAAGAGCCUCUCACCUGUCACUUUCGCUGGAAACUGGAGAAUUUCGCCAGCAUGGGAUCUUCCUGCUGGCGCUGCGCCCAAGGCAACCGGGUCCACUGCUUCCACCGGCAGUGCGUCACGACGGAUGGGCUGGAGCGAGGGGUGGUCACCAUCAACCGGCAGAUCCCGGGACCCACGAUUCACGUCUGCAAGCACGACACCGUCGUCAUCGACGUCGAGAACGCCCUCGAAGGGCUCGGCUCGACGAUCCACUGGCACGGAGUCCAUCAGACCGACAGCCCGUGGAUGGAUGGCGUCCCGAUGGUGACCCAGUGCCCCAUCGCGCAGGGCACCACGUUCCAGUACCGAUUCAAGGCCGCCGAAGCGGGAACCCAAUUCUACCACUCGCACGCCGGCUUCCAGAAGGCGAACGGCCACUACGGGAUGGUGGUGGUCCGCAAUCCGGACGAUCUGAACCGGGCGCGGUACGACCACGACCUCUCGGAGCACCGAAUUAUCAUCGCCGACUGGACGCGGGACAUGGUGGAGAAGUGGGUGCCGGGGCUCCAGAGCGAGUCCAUGCGCGUCGACUCCAUCCUCAUCAAUGGCCGCGGACGGUACUUUAAUGUAACGGACGGCACGCGCACCGGGGCCCCCCUGACCGUGUACCGGGUGGAGCCGGGCAAGCGCUACCGCUUCCGGCUCGUCAGCACCGGCAGCCAGUACUGCCCGUUCCAGCUGCAGAUCCAGGGCCACCGGAUGUUGAUCCUUUCGACCGACGGUGGCACCGUUCAGCCCCAGCACACCGUCGACACGCUGGUAUCCAUAUCAGGCGAACGUUAUGAUUUCGUGCUCACCGCCAACCAACCGCCCGGCAAUUACUGGCUCCGAGUGCGUGGCAUUGGGUUCUGCAAUUCGAUGCGCGUCGAAGAUUUCGCCAUCCUCUCGUACAUCACCGACGACGGCCGUGGGACGGAAGCUGGGCUUAGCGUUGUCCAAACACUGGCAUUUCCCCGACAGCGGAUACCCUCGUACGAUGAACCGUUUCCGGUCGGCAGCGUGCUGAACUUUCAGACGGCACCGUGCUACACACCGGGCGACCCGUUCAUUUGUGCCGCCGAUCUGGAGUCGUAUGAAGCUUUCCGCGACGACGACCUCAUCGAUGCCGUGCCGGAUGUUACGUUUCACGUCGGGUUCUACGUGUGGAGGGCAGCGAACAGUUUCCUGUUUUCCGAGCAUGGCACGAGCCAUUUUGCGACGGUGCGGGAUGAUUUUAACACGAUCGCUGCAACGAACAUGAUCAGCUUCGAGCCACCCUCCUUUCCGCUGCUGAUUUCGCCCGAGCUUAUAAUCGACGAGAAUACCCAGUUCUGCAACGCCAGCCACAAGCCCGAGCACUGCACCAACGACACGCUGUGUUUCUGCACCCACCGCCUAAAGGUGAAGCUUAAUGACAUCGUCGAAAUAGUGCUCUUCGAUACUGCGAAAGUCGUCCAGGAGUUCUAUCAUCCCUUUCAUCUGCACGGUCAUCGGUUUAUAGUGACCGACACUGGCCGAUUUCCCAGCAGCUUAACGAAGGAUCACGUGCAGUACCUCCAGAAGCUGCGGAAGGUGCGGCGCCCGAACGCCCUGUCGCCACCGUACAAGGAUACAAUGUCCAUACCGAACCGUGGCUUCGUCAAGAUUCGCUUCCGAGCGAACAACCCCGGGUUUUGGUUGGUGCACUGCCACUUCGAAUGGCACCUUGCAAACGGGAUGGGUCUGGUGCUGCAGGUGGGCGAACUGUCGGAGAUGCUGAAGCCGCCGGUCGACUUUCCCCGGUGUGGCAGUUACCAGCCGCCGCUCGCUGGCGAAGUGGCCUUCUCUGGAUAUGCUCUCGAGAUGCUCAUGGUAAAGCUAGACCACAUGCAGCAAAGUGUCCUGGAACUACAGAUCGAAUUGGCCAAGCUGCGGAAAGAGGUUGCGCAGAGCCAAAAUGACAGCGAGCCGCCCAUGCAGCAUUGUUUCUUGGAGCUACAGACCGAAUUGGCCAAGCAGCGGGAAGAGACUGCGCAGAGCCAAAAUGACAUCCUCCAAUCGAUGCAUCGAUUGGAGGAUGAUGUUGGACGCAACUAUACUCUUCUACAGGAACGAUCAUGGCAGAUCUUGACGCAAAUACCUACGCUCGUCCAGGAGUUCUAUCAUCCCUUUCAUCUGCACGGUCAUCGGUUUAUAGUGACCGACACUGGCCGAUUUCCCAGCAGCUUAACGAAGGAUCACGUGCAGUACCUCCAGAAGCUGCGGAAGGUGCGGCGCCCGAACGCCCUGUCGCCACCGUACAAGGAUACAAUGUCCAUACCGAACCGUGGCUUCGUCAAGAUUCGCUUCCGAGCGAACAACCCCGGGUUUUGGUUGGUGCACUGCCACUUCGAAUGGCACCUUGCAAACGGGAUGGGUCUGGUGCUGCAGGUGGGCGAACUGUCGGAGAUGCUGAAGCCGCCGGUCGACUUUCCCCGGUGUGGCAGUUACCAGCCGCCGCUCGCUGGCGAAGUGGCGCAUAACUUCCCCAGCGGCUAA